AAAAUAUUAAGCAAGUAUUCAGCGUCUCAUACGUGGUGUAAAAAUAUUGUUUAAAUAAGUUUUCCGGCAUAAAAUAAACUAUAAAACGUAAAAAUGAUUUCUGAUGUUCAACUGGCUAUUUUCUCCAACAUAAUUGGUGUGAUUCUAUUUCUUUUGGUUGUAGGAUACCAUUACAUCUCGGUUAAUUCAAAGCUUGGUGAUCAAUUAUUAUUUCGCGGACGGCAAACACUUUGUAAAUAUUACAACAAUAAUGAAAUAAUAAACGAUCGAUUGAUUGAAAUAAAAUCUGCAGUAACAAUAAAAGACUUUGAGAAAAUACUCAGCAGCCAAUUUCGAAGUAGGCGAGAGCAUUUCAGAGCUGUCGAACCAUAUUAUGAUACGUCAGCAAUAUUAACUUCCUCCUUAAAGCCACUUGCAAAUGAAACGUGUCUUUGCACAAAAGAUUAUUAUCGGCUUACGAACGAUUUUGAAGAAAAAAGGAAGCAACAAUGCACAUCCCCACUUUUGAAUAAAACGUCAACAAAUGCAAUUAAAACGUUUGCAGUCACAAAUAGUUCAAUCGACCAUUUCAUUUGCUUAGCUUCAGAAUGCUAUAAUAAUUGUAUUCAAAACUAUUUAAAUAAUUUAAAUGACUGUAAUCAGAAGGUUGAAAAAAGUAUUAAAGGACAAUCAUUUACAGGAGAUCAUAGAGCAAUUGAGACUAAUGAAUCAAAGCCUUCAUUAUCACUGGAACAUUCUUCAUUCGGAUCGGAUAAAAUAAAUGAAACUAUAUUAACUAAUCAUCUUAAUAAGCUUAACAUUAAUUUGCAUACAAACUGCGACGUUACUCCAACAUUUGACACAAGAAAUCAUUCCAAAAGUACAGGACAAUCUAUUACUAUACAUCCAACGUGCAAGUCACAAGAUAUGAGCUGUAGUGAUACAAAUAAUAAUAAUAAUAAUAAUUCAGAAAGCACAAAUCAUAUCAAAGAUCCGCCAAAAAUAAUUUUCAGUGAUUUUUCUACAGUCAAACAACCAAGACAGGACAAAAGUGAUAACGAUUUGAGUGAUAAUAGAAGUGCGAUUGAAAACAAAAAUUGUUUAACUAUUCCUAUGGCAAAUUAUUGCAGUGAAUCAAGACCACCUUGA